AUGGCCGAGUCCGAGCUGGUCAGGAUCGAUACGAUCUCGCAUCCCGGCAUCUCGAUCAUCCAGAUCAAUCGCCCGCGCAGAAAGAAUGCGGUGGACCUUCCAACCGCCAAGCGGCUCUACGAAGCCAUUCUGGCGUUCGAGGCCGAUGCAUCGCAGAAGGUCUGCGUAUUGACGGGCGUUGGUGGCACGUUCUGCGCUGGUGCGGAUCUUCACCAAGUCGCACAGAAGAAAGACGAUGUCCCCGGCGAAAACCUCCAGCCGGUCAACGGCCGCAAUCUGGGACCCAUGGGUCCGUCCAGGUUGACGAUCCAGAAGCCAGUCAUCGGUGCCGUAGCGGGUUAUGCUGUUGCCGGAGGCUUGGAACUCAGCCUGCUAGCAGAUAUCCGCGUUGCAGAAGAGGAUGCCGUCUUCGGGGUGUUUUGUCGACGUUGGGGCGUGCCACUGAUUGACGGAGGGACCGUCCGGCUGCAAGCCAUCGUCGGUCUCAGUCGUGCUCUCGACAUGAUUUUAACCGGCCGGCCGGUAGGAGCAGAAGAGGCGCUGGCGAUGGGCCUUGCGAGUCGUGUCGUACCAAAGGGACAGUCGUUGCAGCAAGCACUGGAGAUUGCCAAACAGCUCAUUGCAUUCCCCGAGCUCUGUCUCAACACUGAUCGCCGUUCUUGCUACUAUAGCGCAUACGAGGCGGCUUCGUUUGAAGAUGCCAUGUCCAAAGAAUUUGCAGCCGGAAGCAAGGUCAUAUCGAAAGAGGCGGUUGUGGGUGCAGCCAAGUUUAGCAGAGGCUCUGGUCGACACGGUAGUUUCAAGGAAUUUGGCAAGCUGUAA